AUGGGCCUUGCUACGUCGACGCGAAUUUUUGCUGAUUUUCCCCAAGAAAUCGUCGAUGACAUCAUUGAUACCCUUCGCGACGAUACGGCAUCGUUGACUGCCUGCUCCUUAGUUUGCCACCGCUUCCUUCCACGCGCCCAAGUACAUCUGUUUUCAACAGUUGCACUCGCUCAU